CAAAAAGUACAUGAGAAGCAGCUGAAGAGAGAGAGAGAGAGAGAGAGAGAGAGAGAGAGAGAGAGAGAGAGAGUCUUGUUUUCUAACUGAGUUGGAUCGCGUCAGAUGGAAGAACAGAGAUCAUAGAAGACAAUAGAAGAAGAACAAGAAGAAGUGUCUUAAUACAACCUCAAAGAAAUGGUACAGAAUGCAAAGAAGUUCCGAGGAGUUCGGCAGCGGCAGUGGGGUUCCUGGGUCUCUGAGAUUCGUCAUCCUCUCCUGAAGAGAAGGGUGUGGUUGGGGACGUUCGAGACGGCUGAAGCGGCGGGGCGGGCUCACGGCCAAAACGCCAAGACGAACUUCCCCGCCGGCAAAUCCGACGGCUCUCAUCAGACGGACGUUAACUCGCCGGUAAUGUCCCACAAGGCUUUGUCCGAACUCCUAAACGCCAAGCUACGGAGAAGCUGCAAGGACAAGGCGGCGCCGUCACUGACGUGCCUACGUCUCGACACCGACAGCUCCCACAUCGGCGUCUGGCAGAAACGCGCCGGGUCGAAACCGAGUUCGAACUGGGUCAUGCGUGUCCAACUCGGUGCCUUCGAUAACGCACGUGCCGAUUCGAAGAAGAAACAAAACGACGACGUUGAGGAGGAGGAGGAGGAUGGAAUGGCCAUGCAGAUGAUGAUAGAGGAGUUGCUCAAUUGGGGUUGUCCUAAUCUGCUUCCAUUUGAGUCUAAUUAAGAUUACUAAGAAAGAAAAAAAAAACAUCAGCAAUAGUAAUUAUGGGUAUUUUCUUGAAUUCUAAUGUUUUUUACAACUUUUUAGUGUGCAUAGGUAAAAAAAAAUUUGUAAGAAAACAUAAGAAUUAUUUAGUUUAUAGUUUAAACGGAGUGCAGGGUAUGAUGUCUUUAAUAAUAAAUUAAUAGUAAUAAUAACAACAACUAUAAUAAUAAUUGUUCU